GGUGUAACACAAUUAUCGAUAGCGAGCUAGUUUGUCUCGAUUGAAAAAAGGUAUUGUAGCUUGUGCGCUGGCUAAAAACAUGCUUGCUGCUAACUUGCUUGUUCGCUCUUUACCGAAUCUGCAUGCCAACUCAUUCCGAACAUGUGCCAUUGCCACUUAGUUAUAUUAGACGAUAUAACGUGUAAUUUAAUUCAGAAUGUGUUUUAUUAUACAGAAGCUUGUGUUAUUAGAAUAGCUUUUUUUUUGAAUGAACACCAUUAAAGGGUUAAAUCUAGCCUGAACAUGUUUUCAACUCGGCGAACAACUUGGCUACUUAGAAAUUGUGGACUGGAUUGUUGCAAGAUGCAAUUUGACCUCGGGACCACCAGGCCAAAGGCGGUUGAUUUCUGGUCUCAUAAAAAGGACUCGGUCCAGAUUUUCGCCGUAGUCGGUUGUCAUGAAACAAUCAGUGAUUACAUUUGCAAAUAUGUUAUAUAACGUCUUGAUGAACUCUGUAGCUCAGAGUUUUCACUCUUGUGAUACAAUGCUGAAUAUAAUAACCGGGUCUCACCCGAAGGCUAUUAUUGUGUGUUGGUUAUCAUAGCCGUUUAGCGUUUAUUUACUGUUGUUUCAAGUUGACCAGGUUCUUUCACACUGACUGAAAAACGCAGCAUCGUUUGCUUCACACUGACAUUAGAUGGGCAUGGUAGGAUGAAACUGAUGCAGAAAGCACUUCCUUAGAGAGCCACGACCGUAUGUGGUGAAUUUGAGAAGUAUCCCCCCGAGCUGUCUCCUUUUCUUUUUCCUGAAGAGUAUGCAGGCCUGUUGAAACUGGCUAAUGAUUUUAAUAUAUUGAUCCCUCUGCCCCUGUUGUCAAGAUCUAGCCUAUAGAUCCGCCUCUCCUAUUCGUGGGUAUAGUUUCGUUAUAGUUCUGUGGUUCGUGUUGACGGAAGGAAAUGGUGUUGCAUAAGACGUACAUCCAUCCACGCCAUUACCCGACCCAGCAACACUGGAUGUCCCGUUUUUUGUUGUUAUUUGGCAUCGCACCGAAAACACUCAAACUCACGCGAACUGUGGGCGUGACGUAGCCAUAAACCUACAUGUAAAAUGGAAAUAACUAGGACAAGUGUCUUCUGCAAUUUCCGUAAGCUACUGACUAGGAUAUGUCAUUUUAGACAUACGCCGACGUUGCCAAAGUGUUUCACAUGCAAAAUAUAAUGAACAGCUUUAAACGUACUUGUGUGAGCAUGUGAUUUAGCCCUACGUUAUUUCCAGUCUCAGAUCAGUUACUUUGUUAACUUUGUGCUUGCUCUCUGGCUCUCGCCCACAUACUAACAGUUCAGUUUUUUAAAAUUAAAAUAAAGCGAAAGUUCAUUUAUGCAGGACUUUAUAGUUAGUUUUGCACUUAGGCUGUUUUAUAACUCUACAUUUCAGGGAAAGAAGCAACUGAUGGCUUCCACUGUUAUGGACUAUUCAGAUCGCAUAUGGCUACCUGUCGUCUACAAUGUAGUUGUAAGGCUAUACCGUAUCGCCUGCAAUCAAAACCGGAAAUAUGAAACCAUUGGAAACUGGUCGUUUCUAAGAUUAGUCUCUCUCUUAACCUGGUUUAACAGCGGGCACGAUAAAUAUACUUUCAACAGUUAGCGCAGCUCAUAACGGUUUUCGUUGUGCUUGACACGAAAGAGUUAAACAGUUGUUUCUGAAAUAUGGAUUGCAUACAGUGCGGUUUUGUUUAACAGACCAAUGGCAGGCGGAACCGCAAGAAAAGAAGCCCAGAGUAAUUGUCUUGUGACCCGCGAGUGCUGAGAAAUACUUUCGCAGAAAAGAACACAUGCCCAUGGUGAACGGGCAGCCAGGUGGAGGAAUGGGGUUGUAUUUCUUUUGUAGGCUUGACGCCAACCAAUGACUGUGUUCCGACUGUCCGGCUCUGCAACCUAUUCGCGUUUUUUUAAUAUAUUUUUUUUGCAAUUUCCUUUAGGCUUAGGCUACUGCGGGUUUGAGGAGGAAGUGAUUUUCUUUUUCCAUUUCCACUAGUUCAGGGAAGAAGCAGUUGCGUAUAAUUAAAUCUCGCAGUUUUUAAAACACUUUGAACUUUGUAUCGAUAUUUUUCAUCAUGUGUACUAUGCAGGGAGCGGUGGAAUGUAAACUGCAUCCGAUGUGGCAGGGAACUCUCGCGGUGCCCGGCGGGGACAGACAGUCUCCGAUCGACAUCGCGGUGCGCAAGAGCGUCUUCGACCCCCAGCUUAAGCCGCUGACCUUCCAAUACGACCCCAGGACUUGCCAGCAAAUAUGGAACAACGGCUACUCCUUCCUCGUGGAGUAUGACGACACCACAGACAAGUCAACUCUGAGUGGCGGCCCCCUGAAGGACCCGUACCGGCUGUGCCAGUUCCACUUCCACUGGGGGGAGAGCAACGCCUGGGGCUCGGAGCACACCGUGGACCGCCGCCUCUACCCUGCGGAGCUGCACCUGGUGCACUGGAAUGCUGAGAAGUACAGUCUGUUUGAGGAGGCGGUGAUGGAGGAAAACGGGCUGGCUGUGAUUGGGGUUUUCCUGAAGGUGGGAAAGCGACACGAAGGUCUUCAAAAAUUAGUGGAUGCUUUACCGGCCGUCAGGCACAAGGACAGUGUGGUGGAGUUCACAAAGUUUGACCCAGCCUGCCUUCUACCCAGCAACACCCAGGAUUACUGGGCCUACGCUGGGUCACUGACCACCCCGCCCCUGAGCGAGUCCGUGUCCUGGAUGAUCAUGAAGCAGCACAUCGAAGUCAGCCAUGACCAGUUGGCGGUGUUCAGGAGUCUACUCUUCACCUCCGCAGAGGAGGAGGUGCAGAAGAGCAUGGUCAACAACUUCCGCGUGCAGCAGGCCCUGAAGGGGCGCACCGUGCGCUCCUCCUUUUCGCCCUUCCUCCAGGAGGAGCCGCCCACCAACGGGCCACGCCCGGACCACGCCCACUAGCCCCGCCCACCAACCCGCCAACCCCCCGACCCACACGGCCCCGCAUCUCAAACUGAGGAACCGGCUGUCCUCAGACUGGGGCUGUGCUCUCAGCCACCCGGCAACCACAGAGCUGCUGGGAUUGGUCAAGGAGUCUUUGGGUUAGGGGUCAUGGGUCAAGGGGUGGGGAAAGCGCUAGCUGGUUUAUUUCUGUACCAUUGCCUUGGAGAUUUGGUUGGUUGUAGAGAAAUUAACUGUAAAACGGAAGCAUUCUGUCACCCUGAGGGGAAAAAUCAGAUGUUAAUAGUUUUUAACAUUCAACGUUUCAUUGACCAAACUAGUGAUGGACUUUCACACAGUUCUGUAGGAAGUCAACUGCUGCUUGUUUUAAGGAAUUAGUGUGCAACAAUGUGAGUAAUAUCAUCUUCAGAAGCUACCGCUUCACUACUUAGUGACACACGUAUUGUACCUUGGCCCCGCCCUCAGUGGGAGUCACUCUGUUUUGGCCCCGCCCUCAAUGGGAGUCACUCUGUUUUGGCCCCGCCCUCAAUGGGAGUCACUCUGUUUUGGCCCCGCCCUCAAUGGGAGUCACUCUGUCUUGGCCCCGCCCCAGUGCGGGCCACUCUGCAAUAAGGGAGGCUGAGAUGAGUCUGACACUGUCUGCAGGAACACUAAAGCAGCGCUGCAUACAACUGCACUGCAGCAUUACAGACAACUGCACUUCAACAUUACAGACAACUGCAUACAACUGCACUGCAGCAUUACAGACAACUGCACUUCAACAUUACAGACAACUGCAUACAACUGCACUGCAGCAUUACAGACAACUGCACUGCAGCAUUACAGACAACUGCAUACAACUGCACUUCAACAUUACAGACACCUGCAUACAACUGCACUGCAGCAUUACAGACAACUGCACUGCAGCAUUACAGACCCUCACGUGCUCUUUAACUCUGUCCAGUUCUGAUUCCUAGCUAGAUUAAUGGUGUUAUGCUCCACUUGUGUGCAUGCAUGUGUUUCUCUGUGUAUACGUGCCGGUUAUUAGUGAUUAGUGGAGUGUCCAGGUGUUUUUUGAUGGUGGACGGGGUUACAGGUGCAUUGUGGGCCGGCGGCAGGCGCCGGUCCAUCACCCAGAGCUCCGUCCGCGUCCGUGCCGAUCCAGAGCUCGGGCAUCGCUCGCUCUUGCCUGCCCCUCCGAAUGGGUUCUGACCAUGUGACCUCAUUGGUGCUGCGAACCGAUUGGACGACUCGUAGACGAGUCCCUCCUCUGUCUCAGAGAGAGAGAGAAAAAGUGCCUUCAGGUGAAAGACGCACAAGCCCCAUGUUUCUCUGCACCUUCAGUAGUGCCUGUUCGUCAGACGCCCGCCCCACCGCCCCCCGCCCCCCCCCGCACUGGGUCUGUGUGGGGAGACAAACUGGUGAAUCUCACUGCUGCUGCUGUCACUGUGUGAGCUGUAGUGCCGUGUGCAGAGAGACCAGCCCUGUGAGACCUCCAGACAGCACUAGUCGAGUAAAGCUGGGAGUAUACUUGAUGCAGAAACAAACUUCACCUGGUUCAUAUGAACUAAACGGCAUAAAAUGGCGCGUUUGUGGAGAAAGCUAUCAACUCCACUGCAUUGACUUUGGCCACCGCAGCGCCCGCGUCCCUGCUGGCUGAGACGUCCGUGCGGAGGGUGGCUGCGUUGGCGGUGUCUGCGUCCCGUCUCCUGACGGACGAACGUAACCAUCUUCUCUUUCUUAUUUUUUGCAGCGCUAAAUAAACGAAAGCAAUUUAGCAAUCAUCAACGUCCGUUUGGGGAAGUUCCUGCCCCUUUGCCGCAACCAGAUGUUGUCACUUCUGUGUUUCCUGUGGUUAUCGCAACCACAGAAUCAGAAUCUACGCUGAGUGGAGCGGAGUGUCACUGAACUAACAGCUUUAGGCCGAAAUAAGCAUACACGCGUUUGUACGUGGAGCCACGUUUGGCAGUGGUUCGAUUUCAGCCGAGUUCUCCCUCUUAUCAAGUAUACUCCCGGCUUAACUGCUGCUGAAGACUCUGAGGAGGCAGCCCCCACCUUACUGUCUGUUGCCAAUAGGCGAAAAUGCCCCCCCACCUCGCACUGGUAUUAAAGACAGUUUCUGUGCUGGGGCCAAUAAAGACCAAUUUGGCACGGGGCAUUUUUCUUUGGGGAGGGUCUGUUGGCGGUGCUGGGGGGGGGGGAUGGAGAGAGAGAGAAAUAUGGCAGGAGAGGGUGGGAGAGGCAGGAAGAUCGGUUCCUCGGCUGCUGAUUGGUUCCCGCGAUCGUACGGGGGCAACGCGCUCCUCCUCCUCCUCUGGGGAGAGAGCGGGGUAGGGGAGCGGGAGGUGGGGGGGACAGUGCUGCUUUGGUUUGUCUGGCUUGUGGGGCUUUUCUCUGUGAUCACAGAGGAACAAUACCCCCGCGGGGGCCAGCACCCCGUGCGGCCCCCUGCUCUGAAUGGGCCACCUGGUCCCCCCCCACCCCCCACCCCCCCUGCUCCCGCCAGCCCGGUCUGAGAGGUGCCAGCAACGUCCCGACCCGAAAACCGGGUUCCCGUUCCCCUGUCCCGACAGCACUGUGAGGACCGGAGCAGGUGCCGUAAUGGCGGGGUGGGGGGGUGAGGCGUCCAGUAGCAUGGUUUUUUUGGCACGUGACCCAAACGGUAACCUGGGAAGGCAUUUUUAAAAAACUGAUUUAAAACAGCAAAGGAAGAGAAUAAUUAUUAUUCUUGUCGAUUUCAAAAAUAAGUGUUUGAGAAGUUAUUGUUCUGUAGCCCUGAGGGUGCCUGUCAGUGUCUGUAUUAACCCCCCCCCCCCCCACACACCCCCCAUCUCCCCAAACCCCCCCUCGCCUUAAACCCCCCCACCCGCCACACAGCCUCACACGCUGGAGUUCACACCUCACAUUCCUCCCACCGAGCGGAGCAGUCGCACCAUGCUUUUCUUCUUUCUUUCUUUCUUUUUUUUUUUUACUAAAUGUAUAUCGUAGAAUCACGCACAUUUCCACCUAUCGGUGCCAGGCGAUGGCGAACUGCCAGUUCAAUCAAAAAAAAAAAAAAAAAAAACCUGUUAAAACAUGCCAGAGCGUUAGCGUGGAAUGCUACAACGCGUCACGAUGUGUGCAUUAAAAUUGACUGAGGAAGGAAAACAAAGAAGUUGACGGGAUGAGUCAGCGGUAUGCAAGCGGUCCCGCGUACGGGAUGGCCCGCCGGGGAACGCCUCUCGCAGCUCGCCAAGGCGAGCGCUUUUGUGCGGGAAGCCGCGGCGAUGUGGCGUUACAGGUGUUUCCAGUGUCCUCCGCCCGACGGCCCUGCUGAGGGUUCGCCGGCCUUGACUGCGCCGCCUGCGUUUCCUGUCCUCCGCCGUCGCCUCUCUCUUUCUUAGGACGAGGAAGCUCUCGUAGGUACGCACAGACCCUCGUGACAUUACCAUAUCGUGUUCCUUAUUUUUUUUAUUUUUAUGAAUGUAAAAAAAAUAAAAAUAAUAAUAAUAAUAAAUCUGUUCUCUGUAACGUAGGACGCGGUUAGCACGUUAGCGCUCUCUCCGCUGUUUCUGGGGACUGGGCGGGGGUCCUGUAGGGAUGGGCGGGGGGGGGCGUGCUGGGAGCCUCCGCCCCGUUCUGUCCGUCUGGCCGCGUUCCACAUUCCGUCUCCGCGGGGACCGGCCCGCCGCCCCGCGGUUCGGGGGCCCCCGGGUUCCCGGCGGGUCCUGUUGUCCCAGGUGCCGGGGUCGGCGCGCUUUGGCCCCUCGGCCAGGUGGUGGUGCUGCGCCGGGCCCCCGGGGGCCCAGCGGGUCGGCUCGCCGUCUCGCACGCUAACGAGGCGGAGGCGGAGACCUGCACACGCCCCCCGUACCCCUCUUCACCCCUCUUAUAGAUUCAUCUUCUGUAUAGAGGCCUUAGAGAUUUAUUAAAUAUAGUAUCGUGUGUAUUACAAAAGCAAA